CGCCCACAGCAGUGAUUAUUGUGUCAGGUAGCGAAACUCGGUCGGGUUUACCCCCUGUUACCCCCUUUAACCCCGAAGAUCUUUGUGAAUCGUUGGGACAGAGCGAGAAGGCGGGUCUGGAGAGGAUCUGAAAGGGGGCCUGACCCGGUUUGAGGCGGAUUUGACCCGGUUUGAAGCGGGUUUAUAACGGAGCUGUACCGCUGGGGGAACAGAAGGAGGGAAAGUUUGCUUCAGCUUAUGAUCACGUUCCGUCGUCAGCCAUGUUGAGGUAGAGAUCGACUCCACGGCGCCCAACCAUGCGGAGGCAUCUGGAAAGAAUCCGGUUCCGAGGCCAGAGACGGGACGAGUUCCUGGAUCUGGCCGAGUCGCCAAACACGUCGGACACGGAGAGCACCGAGGAUGGCGGGCUCAAGCCUCGGGUCUCUGUUAGAGAGUCAGAGGAGCUGAGGGAGGUGGAGGGCGAGCAGCAGAGUGAAGCUCAGGCUGGUCCGAGCUCAUUUUCUGCAUCUCUCCAGGAUGAGGCCAAGACGGAUCUCAAUGAGGUGAAAGGUCACCUAGAGAUCGCUUUGUUAGAGAAGCAUUUCCUACAGGAGGAGCUGAGGAAACUCAAAGAGGAGUCAAACAUAGAAGCACUGAGACAGGAGCUAGAGAAGGAGCGCAGCAGGUGUCUGGAGCUGGAGCAGAAGGUCAACGAAGUCCUGAGAUCCAGCCUUGAAGACUCCCCCUCUCUGUCACCCAGAGCCCCGCCCCCUCCUGCAUCUGCUGCCAGUGGCACAGAGAAACAGAAGGACACUCUGUUUGACAGCUUCCUGAAAUGGCUCUACGAUCGCUUUGGCGUUUAUAUCGAGGACUUUCGCUUCCAGCCGGAGGAGCAUAAGGUGGAGACGGAGGAGCCGCUGAGUGCCAAGAGGUUGACUGAAAACAUGAGACGUCUUAAACGAGGAUUCAAACCUGUGACAAACUUCAUGAGGAACCUCUCUGCCUUAUCCAGCUGGUACUCCGUCUACACGUCAGCCAUCGCCUUCAUUGUCUACAUGUACGCCGCUUAUAACGGCUGGGUCAUACCCAUGUUCCUGUUCCUCGCCAUCCUCCGCCUCUCCCUUAAUUACCUUAUUGCCAGAGGCUGGAGGAUCCAGUGGAGUAUCGUACCUGAAGUCUCCGAGCCUGUGGAGCCGCCUAAAGAGGAUCUGACUGUGUCUGAGAAGUUCCAGCUGGUUCUGGACGUUGCUCAGAAAGCUCAGAAUUUAUUUGGGAAGAUGGCAAACAUCCUGGAAAAAAUAAAGAAUCUCUUUAUGUGGGUUCGGCCUGAGUUAACUCAGAAGUUGUACGUUGGUCUGUGGGUGGCCUUCAUCUCUUCCUGUCUGCUGCCGUACCAACUGCUGGGAUUCAUCAUAGGUGUUUACGCAGGUAUAAAGUUCUUCAUCAUAGACUUCAUCUUUAAGAGCUGUCCGAAACUGAGGCAGCGCUACGACACCCCCUACAUCAUCUGGACCAACUUACCCACGGACAUGCAGCUGAAGGAGCGCAGCAGCAGCACCAUGAGCAGACGGGUGACCGCCACAGGGGGUCGGGGAAGCGUAGGCGCCGCGGCUCCUACGGGUGUCAGUCGCGACGAGGAUGGAGGGCGAAACUACAGCACCAAGAGAGGAACUUUUCACGAAGUCUUCAGCCUGCCAGAGAGUGAGCGCCCUCUGUCAGUGUGUGAGAACGGCUGGCGCUGCUGUGUCAUCAACAGGGACAGGAAAACACCGACAGACUACAUCCGCAAUGGAGUCCUCUACGUCACUGAGAACUAUUUGUGUUUUGAGAGCUCCAGCUCCAGGUCUGGGUCGUCCAAGAGGAACAAAGUCAUCAAACUCAGUGAAAUCACUGACAUCCAGAAGUAUAAAGUUUUAUCUGUGUUACCUGGAUCUGGGAUGGGGAUCUCCAUAGCAACGCCAUCGACUCAAAAGCCGAUAGUUUUUGGUGCGAUGAUCCACAGAGAUGAAGCCUUCGAAGCCAUCAACACUCAGUACAUGAAGGUCAACGCCAUCGUGACAGCCAUCAGCCCGGAGACAUAGUAACAACUCCACAGGAUGACUGUUUCCACACAAAACGCUGAAACUUCAAUCCUUUAAACUGCUGCUGAUUAAUCACAUCUUCAGUUAUCAAUGGAGGGCAUUAAACCCCUGUUUGAUAUUGCAUCAGUGAAUCCAGCAAAUCAAGGAUUUUAUGACAGAAUCAACUGAAAAACAUCCAUUCUGGGGGUAGAUUCUUUAUUAAAUUCAACCUUAAUGAACGGCAUAAUUGCCCCACAUUAUCCUGCAGAAUCAAAUAAAUCCUGGUUGAAAUUACUAACACUGGAAAAAUCCACUUUAACGUUAAUUCCUGCAGCAUUAAUUCCCCCCGGUACAAAAAUCACGACACAUUCACUUCUCUGCAGAAAUCCACUUCUACUUUCUGAUCUUUUCUCAUCGCUCCCACUCUGCCGUUUUGUCACCCUCGUCAAGCACCAAUUACUGAAACUUCCUGCACAAAUGCUUCACAAUAAAAGUCUUCCAAGGGCACAAUCCCUCCUCAACUUGGUGGACUUUUAUACUACUCUGAUGUAUUUAAAUACACCAGACAGUUUACUGCACAAUGUAUUAGCCCUCAGAUUACUAAUGAUGAGUAGAAACUUAAUCAACAACAAUUAUUAUAAUGUAUUAUUCAUUUAAGUAACAUACUAAUCAAACAUCCAAACAGUUAGGAUACUGCUUCUUUUCUCUGUUAUAUCGAUUUAAACUGAGUGUUUAUGUUUUGGAGAGCUGGUUUGACGAAAAACAAAACAUUUUCUUACCAAUAAUUUUGAUCAUUACUUAUCAUAUGAUUAUUAUUGAGAGUUUGAGAAAGACAUAUUUUUUCUAAAAUACUUCAGAGCAUAAAAACGACACUUGUAUCAAACAGUAAAAGGUGUCCAAGUUUCGUGGUGGUUUUUAAGCCUCUAUGGAAAUUUGUGACUUUAGCACCCCCUAGUGGAGGUAUUACAUUUGUCAACAUUUUCUGCCCGGCAACAAGCAGUCAGACCAAAAUUAAACCAGUGCUGGCCUGCAUCAAAUAUUUUUUUCCUUUAUUGAAUUGACCCUAGGUUUUACAAACUCUCUUUUUACCCAUUCCUUCUUAUUUUAGACAAUUUGAAAAGUCAUUUUUUUUAACCUAUUUUUGAUAAUAUUUAAUAGUUUGGAUUUUUUUGGCCUUGGGUAAAGAACAAAGAAAGACACAGUAGGGUGUAUGAGGAUAACUUGAAAUCUCUUUAAACUUAUUACAAUCAUUUAGUUCAGUAUCCAAACAGGAAGUCAAGUAUCCUGAGUUUGACAGUAUGUUUUAAGUCGCACUCUUCUUUACUUAGUACUAAACAUUUUGAGUGCACAAGUGAGCAUAGUGUAGUCGAGUAAACUCAAAUUCAGUUUACCACUGGCUCCCUCAAAUCCGUCCAAAAGUUGAGUGUGGAAUGAUGGACACUUUAUACCUUCAGUUAAAGUCACAUAUUAAACUGUUAGCAUGCUAGCACAUGAGCUAACGUUAGCAUUUGCUCUCUAGCUAACAUGCUAUUAGCCACGGCAACAGAUUUAAAUCAAGGAAAAAGGAGAUUUCAAAGCAGAAUAACUUCAUUUUCUGUAAGAGAGUAAUGUUAACGCAAAAUUAGAGUUACAUUGAUCCAACAGUGAGUGAAAAUAGCUUUCAAAGUUUGAUCUGUUUACAGCAUUAAAUAUUCUUAAUUCUUAAUCUGCAUUUGUGUCCUUAAAGUAGUGAAAUAUUUAGGCAAAAACUAAAGUCUUAAAAAAUCAUAGAGAAACAGCAGCAGGCGGGAAUUUUGGAGAAAAGCCCGAAUGAAUUAUGUUUUGUUUUUUGUUCAAAACUACAAAAAUAUGCAGUCUAGUUAAAAUAUAGCAGAGAAAAGAAACAAAACCUUGAAAUCAUAGAUUACAUUAACUUGAUUUCACAGUGUUUAAAGCAGAUCAUCAUGUUUAAACUUCAUUAGUGUCUUCAGGGAAAUGUAAAAACGUCAUCGUCUGUAUUUACUCAGCAUUUAAGCCUUACAGUCUGUUAAUAUUACGAUAUGUUGUUCUUUAUAUGGUGGAAAAAAUCUUCUAUUGAGUAUGAAUGUCCUAAAACUACUGUGCAACAUUUGAUGUAGCGUUGAACCACAAAAUUUUCCUUUCUUAUGGUAGAAAAAAGCUCAAGCUAGCAGAACGGCAUCACUUCUUUUGGUUGCACUUUAUAUUAAUGAGCCCUAAUUAGCUAGUAAUUCUAUAGUAAUAAAACGUACUUAUCUAGUAAUGAGUGGACAUUUUACCUAGUAAUAACUCAGAAAUACUUUAAUGUUAAGGAAGUUUUUACCUAGUGAUAAUGUAUUUAUUAUCAAGUAAUUCCCUGUAAUAUUGCAUCAGUUCUUUGUAAUUAUUUGGUAUUUUACCAAGUAAUUCUUAGAAAUGAGAUGCUAUAAGGUGUUGAUAAAGAUCAUUUGUUUAUUUUGGCCCUCUAAAUUAAAGUGAAUUCUUCCUAAGUGACUUUGAGGGUUGGGGUAAGGGUAAAGGGUU